GUGAGCCUGGUGGGGGGCUGGAAGAUGGGGUGGCCAGUUCCUCCGCCUCCUCAGCCCAGCCUCCAUCCCUGUCCAGGGAGGCUGACUCAGCCUAUUCUGGGGCCCAGAACUUUCCCUGUGCUAGACCCCGGGGCCUUUGUCCCCACAGUCAUGAGGUCUGGGGGGUGGGGAUGCCAUGGAUAAAAGGCACUAGAGGCGGCUCCCACAUGCUUCAGAGCUGCUGGCCACAUGCAGCCCCAGACACAGCCCCUGGCCCACACCCUGCCUUUCUCCUUCAGACGAGCCCUGGGAGACACUGGUCUCCGGGUGCCUGUCAUGAAGCUGGGCACAGGGUGGGAGGGCCUGCAGCAGACCCUGAAGGAACUUGCCUAUAUCAUCCUCUGCUGCUGGUGUAUCAAAGAGCUGCUGGAUUGACAGGGGGACAACCUCCCUGAGGCUGGCAGCUGGCGGUGCUCAGCACCCAGCCUGGCCCCCAGCAGGACUCCCAGGACCAGCUGCUUGGCCAAGGAUGGGCCACAGCAUCGAGUGACAUAUGCGUCCUGCUUCCAGUUUGUGCCGUCUGUCUGCCAGUCCUGCGUCCCUAGGCCUCCGCUCCCCGCACCUACCUCCAGUAGACCUCCGGGGCACGGGAGCUUGGCCUGCUGGCUGCGACCCCAGGAAGACUGCUGCAGGACCUGGCCCCUCUCCAGGCCUGGCACAGGGAGCCCACCAGCCCAGAUGGUUGAUUUUUCCAUCCUCUCAGUGCCAGGAAUGGGCUUGUCCCCUGUCCCCUAAUAUCUGUGUUUGAGAAUCAAUGAAGUGUGUGUGUGUGUGUGUGUGUGUGUAUACACAUAUAAAAUAAAUAGGCCUUGAGGCCUCAAGUCCUAAAUGUCAGAAAAACUCAGUCCUGGAAGGGUCUGGAGCCAGAGUACAGACCAGGGAGGGAAGGAGGUUGUCCUGGAUAGAGCUGAGACUGAAAACCAGGUUUUCUGACUCACUGAUACCUGGGUGGGAAAGGUGGAGGGUGGAAAGGCCUGGUGGGUAGGGAGGGAUCCAGCUUGGGUGGGGUCUAUGAAGUCCUGUGCCUGGGGCUGGGAACCCAAAUCCAAAACCUGGUCUGGCCCGCUGCCUGCCUCUGGAGAUCUUGGGAAAAGACCUGGACCUGGGUGGCCUCGGGCUUAGCACAGAGCACAGGCACAAGCAGCCAGAAUGUACAGAGGUGCUCCACUUCCCCCAGGCAGCCACCAACAUGCUUCCCUGAAGGACACCCUGGGGGUAGGUACGCACCAGCUGAGCAGACCUCAUGGCCCACGCACACCCCCCACCCCAGCCUGAGCUCACAUGCCCCGGGCCCUCUUGGGGCUGGCUGUUUCCCCCUCCUCUCCUGGGGCUCAGGCCUGGGGAUGCUAUACCAGGCACUCUCCCCACUCCCAGAGACCAGUUCCCCCCCAACUUCUGAGUUAACUCAGUUUUUCUGGGCAUGUUUUGUCUCCUUUUGUAAAGAUGACAUACACCUCCUUUUGUAAAGACGAGUGAGGACCUAUGCUGGUGAGAACUGAGUCUCCCACCCCCCCCGCCCCCACCUCUCUGCCCAGGAGUUAGUCAGCUUUGCCAGGCUCCUGGAGAACAUUCCAGAGAUAGUCUGCACACAUACUGCAUCUCCAUGCGUUCAUUCAUGUAACAAAUGUCAUUGAGCAUCCACUGCACACUGGUCUGGGCGCUCUGAACGCAGCAGGAGCACAAUAGGCCCCUGUACUCACAGAGCUUAUAUUCUCGUGGGCAGAUACAGAAAAUAAAAUAGAAACAAAUAAAAUAAGUGUAGAGAUGUUAUUAGGUGAUAGGUGUAUGGAAAAAAGGACAAGUUGACUGGGGUGGUUUGGGCCAGAUUGUGGGCCAGGUCCUUGAGGGCCUCUAAGCCAGGGGACAUAGGGCCGAGCUCUAUGCCAAGUGAAAUGAAAACGCCACUGCAAGGUGUUCACACUGGCUACUGUGUUGAGAACAGACGUUAAGGAGCAAGGGUGGGACGGGAGAGCACCAUCAGGAGGCCAACAUGUCAGGGGCUCAGAGCAGGUGUCUUAGCUAUAGUGGUGGAGAGAAGGGGCUGGCCUGAAUGCAUACACAUUCUUUUUUUUUUUUUAAGCUUUUUUUUGGGGGGGUGGGGGAUGCCUGGGUGGCUCAACAAUUAAAGCAUCUGCCUUCAAGCAUCUGCCUUCAUCUCAGGGCAUGAUCCUGGAGUCCUGGGAUCGAGUCCCACAUCAGGCUCGCUGCAUGGAGCCUGCUUCUCCCUCUGCCUGUGUCUCUGCCUCUCUCUCUCUUUGUGUCUCUCAUGAAUAAAUAAAUAAAAUCUUUGAAAAAAAAUUUUUUUAAGUAAUCUCUACACCCAGUGUGGGACACAAACUCACAAUCCCAAGAUCAAGAGUCACACACUUGGGGCAUCUAGGUGGCCC